AUGAGUGUUGACAGGCUCCGCGACAGGGUUGUUCACAGGUCCUCAAUCUCUGAUGGAUUGUUUGGCCGUCUACAUGAAGAUAGUGAGGUUAGAGAUUCUAGCCAGGGGAGUGGGAGACAUGCUUGGGAUUGUGUAACAGGGACAUCAGCCUCUGACAGGAAUGUUGAAACACCAACAACUUUAUCUAGUAUGCCAAGCUCCAUUGAAAGCAUUCAAAAUGACGAGGUAGAGCCCUCAAGAACAAGAGACACCAAAUAUCAUGACAUUUUAGAGCGUAGAACUAAUUUUCUUGAGAGGAGAAGAAGAAUAAGAUCACAGGUCUGUGCACUUCAGCGGCUUGGUAGCCACUUUGAAAAUUUAUCUGGACAUGAGAGGUCAUGUAUUUUGGCGGGUCAGCAUCAAACAGGGCGUCAUUCUUGCCGAACAAAUGGUCGUUCCACCAAUCCGGAUGAUGGCAACAGUGAUAGAGCCAGCGUAUCAAGGAUUGUUAUGUUAGCAAAAGCAUUGUUUGAGGUCCUGGAUGAAAUUCACCAAUAA